AGACACGUACUGUGGAGCACAAGAGCUCCAGUAAUAGUUUCUUCUUCUCAACAGCGCGCCAAGACGAGUACGAAGGAGUGGAAGAAGAAAGAAGUGACCAUGAGUGACGAAUGGGUUGUAUUGAUGGGCUACAGAGCUGGCCCGGGAAUGCCUCCGCGCAUUCGGCGGCAGCAGUUCAUUUCAGUCCAGCCUAAGUCAGGGGUACCUGAGAGUGCCAUGGAAAGUGAAGUCGAUGUGUACCUUAUCGCGUGCUUAGCACAGGCCAAGGAGCCAUCUGCCGGAGCAGCCAGACCAGGCCGUGUCAUUGGCUGUUGGCUGUGCGUCGUCGGGACCGGAUCCGCCUUCCCGGUUGAGCUAAGCCGCGAAGCUCCUCCUGGCCGCCUCAGACGACACCUCCCCAUCGCGACGUUAUCAAACCUUCUCUUACGGAUACCUGACCUUACAGCAAAGAGGCAUUGGAUGGCCUUGCGCACACGACACACACCUGACCGCCCUUUGUUUGCUUCUUCGCUUUCGCCCGUCCUUCCCGCCCUUCCCGUUCUGCAAAGUUGCCUUUUCCUUCCCAUCGCACUGACCAUCCAGGUGGCCAAUUGGGGAAUCACGGACGUUGCUCCCGAGGCCUGGGGAUCGACUGCCCGCCGCAUGUGUGUCCAAGAAGAUCCCUUCUUUCCUGCAUCGGCACCCGUUAUACCCUACUGCCGCACCUCACAAUCGGUCCAUCCAACCGCCUUCAGGCGCACACGUUUCACUCUGCAUCGUGUCUCGCCUACGCCAACCUCGGUUUGCCCGCCUGAUGGCCUGAUAGUGCCGCUUUGA